AUGAAGGUCGAUCUUUACGGUUUCACGGAUGCAACUUACUGCAAGAUCUUCCAGACUACCAUGACUGGCCAAGCGCAGGGUUGGUUCAUAAAGCUGCCAGGAGGGACCAUCGACGGAUGUGCGCAGUUAGUGAAACAAUUCCUUAGUCAAUAUUCCAUCAACAAGAAAUAUGAAAAGACUGGAAUUUAUCUUUUCAAGGUAUUGCAACGCGAGGGCGAGACUCUUAGGGAUUAUGUGCAACUGUUUCUCUACGCGGUGCAUGAAGUACAUUAUGUUAACCACGGUUUACUGGCGGGCAUCUUGAUGAAGAAUCUGCGGCAUGUGCAUUUUCAGGAGUCCCUCGCUGAUCAUCCCCCCUCAACCCUAGAUGAGCUCCUCAGUCGAGGCGAGAAAUACAUUCGCAUAGAGAAGGCCGCGGAGAUGGGGCUGUACAUGAAGUGGAAACGCGAUGAAGAUCGACAUUUUCACCAUAAUCGAGAUGGGGACCGACAUAACCCAGGGAGGAGAGACAAAAGGUGA